UUUGUUUUGUUAACGAGGAGGCGGAAUCCGGUUACAACUUGUAACCGAACUCAGAAAACAAGCCUCUGAAUAAUUCACGGUUCUGAGCCCCGACACCGAACGACAAGAGGCGGCAGCGGGGAGCUCCACGGCCGACGAACGAGCGGACAAACCGGGGAGAGAACAUGCAGUGAAGCGUCCUUUCUUCCCUCCGCUGCCAGGAUGGAGACUUGAGAGGCUUUAACACGGGUUAACUUGUCAUCUUCUCCCGUGUCAAAGUGAAGCCGAGAGUGAAGAUUAGACCAUGGACUCCUUCAGCACCAAGAGUUUGGCCCUGCAGGCGCAGAAGAAGCUGAUGAGUAAGAUGGCCACCAAGAGCGUGGCGAACCUCUUCAUCGAUGACACCAGCAGCGAGGUGCUGGACGAGCUGUACCGCGUCACCAAGGAGUACACUCGCAACCGCAAGGAGUCCCAGAAGAUCAUCAAGAACCUGAUCAAGAUGGUGGUGAAGCUGGGAGUGCUCUACAGGAACAACCAGUUCAACAGCGAGGAGCUCAUUCUGGUCGAGAACUUCAGGAAGAAGGUCCACACCCUGGCCAUGACGGCGGUGAGCUUCCACCAGAUCGAGUUCACCUUCGACCGCCGCGUCAUGAGCGCCAUCUUGAACGAGUGCCGCGAGCUGCUGCACCAGGCCAUCAAGUGCCACCUGACGGCCAAGAGCCACUCGCGGGUCAACCACGUCUUCAAUCACUUCGCCGACUGUGACUUCCUGGCGACGCUGUACGGGCCAUCGGAGGUUUACCGUGCUCACCUGCAGCGGAUCUGCAACGGCGUCAACAAGAUGCUCGACGAGGGGAAUCUCUGACCUCCGUCCGCCUCGUCGUUUGGCACAUUUACCUCCAGUGGACCCUCCGUCUCGCAGGAAUUCUUUUUUAAAAGUGACAAUCGUGAACGUUUAUUUUUCAUUUUGUUUUGUUUGUUUGUGUGCCUUUUCAGACAUUACUGUAACACUGAAACUCUCUUGGCUAGUUAGUCCAAAGUAUUCUUCUUCUCCAGCGUGACUGUUAAAGAAACCCAGCGCUGUUUUGUCUUUUUUUUUUUUUUUUUUUUUUUUUAAAUGAAUGUAAAACUUUCUGCUCUUAUCAGUAUAUUCAGGGGUAGGAGCUUCGACAACUGUGCCUUGAAAAAUGUAUUUUAUCCUCAUUCCAAGGGCUUUUCUUUCCCUCUUACUUAAUCAAAAAGACAUGAAUCCAGGCACAGGCCUUCAGCUGUAGCUCUGCGAGGUGCCUUUAAUGGACGAAAAUGGUUCUGGGAGCACCAGGAGAGGAGAGAAAGUGAAUUUCCAAUGACUUUUUUUUUUUUUGUUCGUUCCUAAAAGUAGUAUUGCACUCAAUCCUGAACAAGCGCUGUACUGUACUUUCCUGCAGAAGUGAAACCAUGUGAAGCACAGCAGUUGAAUAAUCCUGCUUAGGCAGCAUUUAAAAGCUCCCACCAUCAUGCACUGCAACGCAGCUUUGUAGAGGAGCCAAGCUUUUCUCCGGACGGCACCUAUAAACCCAGUUUCGCUUCUAAUAGUCUGGUUUAUAGCCGCCACAACAAAGAUGAAGUAUUUGGGUCACGGGGGCACCGUAAACAUGAAGGAAUGUGAUUGCGUUGUUGAUUGUUUCUGCACUGACUUGUCGCCGGCUGGGAAGGAAUCACAGGUUAAAGGUUGCAUCUUCGGCACGAGGGAAUUAAGGACAGUUAGGCUUCACGUCAGAUCAUCAGCGGCGUUUAUCACCUCGGGUUUCUCCCAGAAGCACGAGAAAAGUCGAGUUGAAAUUCUGACUGAUCUGAACUAAAAAGACUCCCCACGAGCAGCCAGAUGAAAGGCCGGACGCAAACGGCAGCCCGGUGUCGGCGAAAAGGCCCGGCCAGGGUUUAGAGAUUAGAGCGGAGACAAACACAGCAGCUGAUUGUACUCUCCCUCUGCAAUUAUAGCUCCCCAUUCCAGGCCGGCAUAAUGGCCCGCAGCCUGAGCAGCCACUCCACGGCAGCCUCGUGUAACGCCACCGAGAUAACUGUCUCUGUUUGCAGGUCCCUAAAUGGAAUGAAAGAUGUUGUUGUGUUUCUUCUUAUAAAGCAACGUAUGAAUACUGGCCCUCUCCAGCCUCGCAUAAUAGCCGUCUUUCCUUUUUGUCCGUGUGUUUUUGUAUCACUGAGCCUGUCUGGGAGAUUGUUUUGUGCUGCGGCCUCAUUUUGUAUUCUGUGUGUGUGUGUGUGAGUGAGUGUGUGUUUGUGUGCGUACCUGUGAGAGAAUUGGAAAUUGAGCUGUGUAAUAAGCGCUGUGCUUUCCCAGAUAGAAUUGCUGAAACUUUAACUUCUUCCACAGCAGCUCUGCAAAAGAAAGAAAGAAAGGACUGAUGUUACUUAAAAUGCAGUCUUUUAUUUAUUUUUUUCCCAGAGAAACACUUCAGAAAGCAGCGUGCACUUGAUAAUUAAAAAUAUCGGCGGUAAUGACGACAACGGUGGCGGCUGUUGUGGGCUUUUUUAAUUCCACUUUUUGACUUCCCUGAGUGUUUUCUCAUUUGUUCGACCCGUUUGACUCUGACUGCAUCAUUUUGGAGGACUUUGAAGUAAAGCCCUUUCCCUAAGUCCCCAAAAAGAGUCGACUUUAAUUGUCUUCUGAUGCCAUUUUGUCCGAUCCGUCCACAUCUCAGGGCCACUUUAAAUCUCCCGUGACAUCCUAAAAGCAGCAUUAACCUCCGCCUCCCUCAUGUCACUAAAGCUCUCUACUAUUGUUUUUAUUUUCACUCGUGUACAUAUGAUUGUUUUUGUCUCUUUUAUUGUAUCCCAACACAAUAAAUAUAAUACAAAUUACUUUUUUAAAACAACAAA